GUCAAAAUUUCUCAAAUUUUUUAAUUUAUUUUUCUCAUAACUUAAUAACUUAAUAUUUCUUCGCUUAGGGAAAAUCUUCUCUGAAAUUAUCAGGAUGCUUAGACCGGUACAGUCAUUGGACAUGAUACUGAACGAGAAUGAUUAUACUAUGUGGAUGAACGACUCAACAAGGUCAAGCUAUGCUUUCUCACGGGUCCUUUGAAUAUCUCUGGAUUUAGCAUCGGCGCUUAGGUUCACGCAAUGGCGAAGGAUAGUAGUCAUCUUUUGUGUGAUAGAAGUUGGAUGUAUCAAAGGCAAUUUGAUGACGGGGCCUUUAAUAUAAAAUUCUUGCGGGGAGUAGAAGAAUUCUUGAAAUUUGCUAUUAGUAAAAGUCGUGUAGUGGAAAUUAGAUGUCCUUGUUCCAAAUGUAGAAACUUUGAAUUUAAAAAUUCGAGUGAAGUGAGAGAUCAUUUAUUACAAAACGGUUUCGUAGAAAAUUAUUACGAUUGGAGAUAUCAUUGUUAUAUCAUCGAUGGUGAACGUAGCAGCAGUAAUGCGUUUGACCAAGAAAACCAAUUAGUGCGCAGUGUGCAUGAUGCUGCUGACAGUAGAUUCCCAAACAAAUUUCAUACCUGUUUUCCGCUAAGUAAUUCGCCCAAUGACGAGGAGCAUUCUCCUCAAUAUCAACCUCAGACGCACCCUCAAAUUCUUUAUCAUCAGAAUUGGCAUCAUCAACAAUAUUUUGUGGAGGAGUUGGAUGAUGAUGAGGAUAUGGAUGAUGAGGAGGAGGAGGAGGAUGAGGAGGGACAACCACAAGUUCAUCAACAUCAACCACAACGACAACUUGCGUCGUGGGACAAUUCAGAGGAUCAUAGGCCAUUACUACCAUGGCUUCCAAUAAAAAAACAAUUUGAUGCUUUAAAGGAACCAAAUUCAAGACGGGGCAUCUCAGCAAAUAUUGGGAAGGCAUUCAAGCUAUCUCUAGACCCUUCUGGUACUUCUUGGACUAAGGUGCCAGAGAAACUAAAAAGGCUUUAUUGGGAGGAAUUUAAGAAAUGUUAUAAGUGGGAUCCCCAAAUUGAUAAAGAUGUCUACAACGCUUGGUAUAGUCGGUGCUCACAACGGUACCGGGAUAUAAUGAACAAACUUAGAAAACGAGAGAGACAGAAAUUGAAGGAGCAGGGAUAUAAUGAACAAUUCUUGAAUGCCUUGAAAACUUACUCCAAUACCCAGGAAUUUAAGGACAAAAGCAAUCGAGGGAAAAGCAACAGGCGCAAAGGGAACGCCGAUGCACCACCCUUACCCACGUACCGUGGUGGUCCCAUAUCUGCCGCUCGAUUGCGGGAAAUGAUGGUAAAGGAAGCUGACAACGUAGAGCCUACUCCUUAUAACUUAUUACUACGAACUAAAGGAGUAUGCAACGAAGAUGGCCAGCGUGUCCUCAUUACCGAACACGAUAAAAAAAUUGAUGAGCACUAUCGUAAACUCGAAGCUGAAGCAAUAAGAAAAGGUGAAACUCCUGAUUACUCUCAAAUUUACAAAGAAGCAAUCGGGGAAGUGACCAGGAUUAAGAAAAAACCACCUCUGUCUGCUCGUUAUUAUGGUUUAGGGUCGGCUAAUGAGUUCUUCUAUCCUGAUCUUAAUGAUCAUCACUACACGCCUCGUGGGGAACGCAAUACUCCUGAUGAGAUGAGGGUGCGACUUGAGGAGCUUAAGCGGAUUUAUAAUGAGUUAAAGAUAUUCAUGCAAGCUCAACUUGAUGAGAACAAUCCGACCAAAGAAUCAAUUCGCACGAUAAAACAACGUUUGCAAGCUCUGGAAGAGACCGCCCAACAAUUACAGCGUGCAUUGGGAGGGGAAAGCAGUAUUGCCGGCAUUGGACAUAGUGCUGAUGGAUCGGGUGGUCGUCCAGGUACGGGUGGUGAUAUGGGAGCAAGUACUCUUGGUGAAUCUGGUGAAAACUGUGGAUCACGUAGUUCUCGUUGAUUGGGUAGUCGCUCUAGUUGUGGCAGCUAUCAUGGUGGAUGCACUUUUUAGCUAAGAAUAUCAUUUUUUUAUUAAAAACACUAACUUAUGUAGAGUUUAAUUAUAAAGAAUUAAUGUAUAAUAUAAGUUAUUUUAUUAAUGAUAAAUUUGUCUUCUAAGUGUUUAUGUUUGAAGAUUAUAAUUUAUGUUAAAUUUAAAAUGUUAUUCAUAAAAAAUAAUAG